CAGUCGCAAAAACAGAAAUUUCAUUGGUGUUCGCUGAAUCACAAGCGCGUUUUUUGCCAAAAACAUAUCAAAAUUAACGUUUUAGAGGAACCCACAACUAUUAUUAAUGUUUGUUUGUUCAAGUUUUAAUCCUCUAAACUAGUUAUUCGACUUUUGGGUUCGAGUUCUUAGAAUAAAAACGAAAAGAAAGUCGAUAAAAUCUCGUGUUUGUAGUUGACUAGCGGGCGUACUGGUGAUACAAAACUUGUGAUUAUAAAUAUUUUUUCUAACACAUGGAAUGCCCUACUGAAAGUUAUUAGCCUGCAUUUAUUGUCACUAGCACAUCCAAUGCAUAGAUAAUUACCACAGAAUGCCCAUACCUGACAGACAGCCUCCUACAGCAAAAGUGAACAAUAGCGAAAACCUGGGUUAAAGCAGCAAUUGAAGGAAGUGAGAAUCAAUAAACAUAAUCUGAUAGCAAUAGUCCACAACACAUUCGGGAAAAUGAGACAAUCGUUGUAGUUGUUACAUAAACAAGGUUUGCACUACUUCUUGCAUCUAGCUGGGAUUGCUGCAGAGAGGAUGCAUGUUUGGCUGAUUUUACUUUGCUGCUUUUUAUUUGCUACAACUCUUGCAAAGAAUCAGCAGCAGCAAUCUUGCGACAAAACUAGGCGUGUGUUUACCGACCCUUACGGCGAGAUCAGUGAUGGUCCGUCUGGAUUCAAUUACACCCAGGAUUCGCAUUGCGAAUGGUUAAUCCGUGCUCGCAACAGCAGCCAGUUUAUUACGCUCACUUUUCGGAGUAUGGGAACUGAGUGUUCGUAUGAUUACAUAUUUAUAUAUGAUGGUGAUUCAUUCCGAUCGCCGCUGCUUGGUAGUUUUAGCGGUAAAACCGAACCGCAAAAAGUUAUGGCCUCGUCGGGAAGUAUGUUAGUGCUUCUAUAUAGUGAUACUAACUACGUCCUGGAAGGUUUUAAGGCUGAGUUUUCUGUUACUAACUGUCCCAAUAAUUGUACCGGUCAUGGUAAAUGUGUCGAACACAUUUGUGUAUGUUAUGAUAAGUGGAUAGGGAAUGAUUGUAGUCUAGAUGCCUGUCCAGAUGGCUGUGGAGAGGAGGAGGGAAAAGGAAUCUGUAAAAAUGCGCGAUGCGUUUGCUCAAGCGAGUACUCCGGUCAAUCGUGUAGCUUGCACAAAACCCGUCCUGUGCCAAACGAAUGGCAUUGGCUGUCCAACUCGAAGAAUGGAUUAGCUCCUCGUGCGACCCACAGUGCAGUGUACUAUGCCCGUACUGAUUCUCUGUACGUGUUUGGGGGAUACAAUCUAAACAAAGUGCUGAACAGUUUGCAUAUUUAUCGAUUCGAUAAAAGUUUGUGGGAAAAUGAGUGGGGUGUAACUUUGGGCAGCGAAGAAUUUCAGUCCGUGACAAAAAUGAACGGAAAGGCCAGAAGAGGAAUGCUGCUGUCGGAGGAAGCGAGUGAAGCACUGGGACUGAAAAGGGAACCUAAUUUCUUCAAUAAUUUUAUCUACUCGUUGGCGGAUAAUAGAACCGGACCCUUUGGUGUAGUGUACGGUAAUAAUACACGACCCGCAGCGAGAUUUGGUCAUGCUGCAUGUGCAGUGAAGGAUGGUUUUGUAGUAUUCGGCGGUAAACUUGCUGGUGGUCAACUGUCAAAUGAUUUAUGGCUGUAUAAUAUCAGUGCAAAUGGAGGAACGUGGUCGAAGAGAGCAACUAACUCAACCUUCAAGCCUCCAGCUCUCACCAGACACACUUUUACGUUGGCCGGUGAUUAUAUGUAUGCGUUUGGUGGAGCAUUAGAAAACGGAGGAUUUUCCUCAAGAUUGUUCAGGAUAAAAUUGCUUUCCAAACCAUCCAAAGAACAAUGGGAAGAAGUGAUUCCAAGAGGUGGUAAAACCUUGGAUUUACGGAUUGUGGCGCAUACCACAUCGUAUCACAAACAUACCAAUUCAUUGAUCGUAUACGGUGGUGUUGUGGCAGGAGUUGCUCGAUUUUCCAAACUAUCAGAUCGAAUGUUUACGUUUCAAUUAGAUAAUUUACACUGGACUGAAAUAAUGUAUCCAAGAACGCCUUUAAGAGAUGCCUACAUUCCAAGAGAGCGAGCCUUUCACACAACCACAAUCAAUGGGAAUUAUCUUAUUGUUUUUGGGGGUUAUUCUCAUCGGCACAACAAGGAAGAAAUAUGCUAUGACAAUCAAAUGUAUCUUUAUCACUUGGGAUGCCAUAACUGGAUCAAUCAGGAUGUGCUAGGAACUAAUAAGAAGUCUCGCUAUCCUAAACAGCAGGGAGUAUUUGCUCAUGCUGCAGCAAUAAGAAAUGGCAACACUCUGUUCUUGGUUGGAGGAUAUCAUGGAAACGUAAAUGGGGACUUACUUGCCUACACUCUGCCACCGAUGCUAGUUGUCACGAAUGACGAUACAUUUGAACCGGAAGCCGCAUGUCCAAGACAUGCUUCUGUUACCGAGUGCCUGUCAGAUCCGGAAUGUGGAUGGUGUUCGGCUGAUAGUGUGUGUUAUGGUAGAACGAUUGGAGCGAACUGUACGACAAAUUUGCAAACGACUAGAUGCCGCGGCAUAUGCCCAUCGCUGGGAGAUUGUCAUUCAUGCUUAAUCCAUGGAUCAUCUUCGUUAGGCAGUUUCAAAUCAAUUGCCAGCAAGCUAGGGCUCGAUCGAUGUACGUGGUGCGUUCAAAAUGCCCGAUGUCACCAUAAAGAUGACAACUACGGCGUGUGUGGAGAGGAUACUCCUUCACAAAACCCCGGCUGGUGGGGACCUAAGGGAACAGAAAUUGUUAAUGCUGAUCAAUGUACACAGAAAGAUACGCGACCAGGGCUGACGUUCUUAAAAUAUCUUGAUCCAGUCAAUUGGUCCAUGCCUGAUACUGUUAUGAUUGUGAAUGCAACAAUGGUUGAUUUCAACGUCCCUUCGACGACCACACAUACCGAGCAAUUGUUCAAUGGGCAAGUCGUAGCUAGAUUACUCGGGUUCAUCCGUCCUCCUGAAGUAUGGGAAGGAGCAGGAGAGAGACUUAGAGCCUGUGCCAGCUACUCCCAAGCUGUAUUGCGCAUGGCGCUAACAAAUAGUCCAAAUAAUGAGCCUCUGAAGAAACUGAAUCCUGCUGUUACAGCUAACAUUACUGCCACCCAAACCGUUUGUGAAAUGGUACAAUGGAGAAGUCUUGAACCAUGGUUCCGUGUAAUGGUCGAUUUUCAAGCCAAGCGCAGUAUCAAUGUUGGUAUUCAGAACCAACAUCAGCAGGUUAGCAAGAUGGGACUACAACACAGCACAAUCAAUCAAGAAAAUGCGAAAGCUUUCACUUUUGAAUUUUUGGAACCAUACUCCAAUGGAUCAUGCAGCACCUACACUAAUUGCCUCCACUGCUUAUCGGACUCACUGUGUGGAUGGUGUGAAAUGACGAAUUUGUGUAUUUCACGACAAGAGAAGGAAUCGGUUAUCUGUCGAAAGGGAAACCACUGGCGCUACCUAACUGUGCAGCCAGCACAAUGCUCCAAUUGUUCAAACUACAUUUCUUGUGAGCAGUGCAUAAACACCGGCCAGUGUGAAUGGUGGGCCGAAGAUGCCCGGUGUUCGCGCAAAGGACGAUCAGUAACAGCGGUUACGGAAUUAGGUCAAUGUCCAGUGCCAUGUUAUCUUCGUGGUAAUUGUUCUGCCUGUCUCAAUGAACGAGGUCGUUGUGUUUGGUGUGAAGCAACAAGCCAAUGUUUUAGCUUUUCCGUGUACACCAGUGAGUACCAGUUUGGACUGUGUCGUGAGUGGUUGGAUCAAACGAUGCCAAUGGGAUUCACGCAAACCCAGGAUCCAAAUACUAGUGUGGGAGGCAAUAACGUGUUGCACCCUGCUCAACAGUGUAAAUCAUGUGCCAGUCUCCAGAAUUGUUCCUACUGUUUACGAUCGCUUAGUUGUGGAUGGUGCUAUGAUGUGGAUAAUCCUAUCGAAGGCGUCUGCACGCAAGGAGAUUUCAAUCGUUCUGCCUUAGAUUGCCGGACAGUAUUGAAUGUUACGGAAGACAAAGUUCGUUGGUCCUAUGCACAGUGUCCGGAUGUGGAUGAAUGCGAACUGGGGCUUCAUGAUUGCCAUGAACAAGCCGAGUGUAGCAACACUCACGGUUCAUACAGCUGUCGCUGUAGGAAGGGCUAUUUAGGUGAUGGUGUACGAAAUUGUAUUCAGACCUGUUAUGAAACGUGCGUUCACGGUUACUGUUCCGGUGGACCGGAAUAUAAAUGCCAGUGUGACCUUGGUUGGACAGGAAUUGAUUGCAGUCGAAACUGUGAAUGUAACAAUCAUUCGACUUGCUUGCAAGGAGUUGGUAAAUGUGACAAGUGUAUGAAUUGGACAGAAGGUUUGUACUGCGAGAGGUGUAGUCCAGGCAGUUUCGGAAAUGCCACAUCUGAAAUGGGAUGCCAGCCAUGUGAUUGCAACGGCCAUGGCAACGAAGCAUUGGGUGUAUGCGAUUCGCAGACUGGCGAGUGUUAUUGUCAAGAUAAUACGGAAGGGCUCAAGUGUGAAAUGUGCAAUCGAAACUUUUACGGUGAUCCAAGAGGAGGUGGACAGUGUUAUUAUCAAUGUGAAGCGCGUGGAGUACUGACACAGGUCGGAACAGAAGGAAUCGGGUCGUAUCAAUCGCAUCGUUCUGCCCGUGGUGGAGCCGAGGCUCGCGAGUGUCUGUGGAUUAUCAGUCCCUAUGUAAAGCACGGUGUUGAAUUGAAGAACGCUAUCAUACAGUUUGAAAUAGAACCGCAUGAUAUGAAUGUUACUUGCGGGCAAAACGCAGUGUAUGUGUACGAUGGACUGCCGGAUUUGACUGGUGCUACGCAACAGAAACAACUAUUGGCCGUGUUCUGUAGUGAAGAUAAAAGUCCGUGGCUCACAGAAGCAAGGUCAGGUCAUCUCACAAUCCAUUACAAACAAGGAGGACACGGGCAAGGCUUUAAUGCUGUGUAUAGUGUGAUGAGUUGUACGAUUAACACCUGCAAACGCCCAUACAUCUGUUUCGACGAUAAAUGUGUUUGUCCGAAAGGAUUUGCUGGACCCCGAUGUGCAUUAAAAAUAUGUCCCUCUGAUUGUAAUAUUGAGUUGAAACAAGGAAUUUGUGACGUCGGCUACGGACGCUGUAUUUGUGCUAGUGGUUAUGGUGGUACUGAUUGUUCACGUCUGAUCAAACCUUCGAAUAUUGUUUUUACAGAAUUAUUCAACUCGUAUCUCAUUUCGGACAGUUUCGAGCACCUAAGAAAAACAUUGCCCCGUUUCGGCCAUUCGUUAGUUGCCGACCGUCGUGGUUCAUUGUGGAUGUUUGGCGGCUACUCACUGUCGCAUGGCGUGCUAAAUGACAUUCGCCAGUUCGAUACGAAAAAUAAUACAUGGAUGCAGGUGACUGUUGAUUCUAGUCCCGAAGAUCGGAUGCCUCAGGGACGGUACUUCCAUGCAGCUGAAAUUAUUCUCUCCAAACAAGCGAUCUACAUUUACGGUGGUCUGUCUCGUAACCAAAUGAGCCAUCAGAUAUUGGACGACUUCUGGCAGUUUGGAUUACAGACGCAACGUUGGAGCUUGGUUAAUCAAAAGGGGGCAAAACCACCACCUCUGGCUGGUCAUUCUAUAACGCUGAUAAAGGAAAUGGACAAAGAAGUUCUUCUGGUUAUUGGCGGAUUUUCGGUGGAUAAUGGAAUGCAGAGCAACGUAUGGAUGUUUGAUUUAAGUUCAAACAUUUGGUCAAAAGUGCUCACAUCGGGAGCAAAACCAGCUAGUAUUUUUGGUCACAGCGCUGUUUGUGAUCCGGCUUCCCAAAUUCUUUAUCUGUUUGGUGGAAUUGUGUAUAUUGAUGGGAAAACGAGAGUAUCUAACAAACUAUAUGCGUUCAACUUCAAUAACCUCAAAUGGACCGAGCUGCCCGUGUUUGUAAACAGACUAUCGGAUCAUGUUCCCCAGGCGCGUUAUCUGCAUUCAGCAGUUACCACCGAGAGCUAUAUGUUAAUAUUUGGUGGUAGAUCUCAACCAGGAAGUAGCAGCGAGGCAAUGGUGGCAUAUAUCUAUAAAUGCAACCAGUGGGUUCGACUGAAUGGUGAUAUUGAAAUCAUAGGAAACAGUUUUGGGCAAACAUAUGCUUUAGCAAUGACACAAGAUACGGAGAACGAUGCCUUCUAUGCGGUUGGUGGUUGGGAUGGAAGCAGUUUCAGUCGUGUUACUAAAAUUAAUGUUCCUCAAGAUCUUUGCGACCUGUGGAGUAGCUCGAAGUACAUUUGCAGGCAAUACAUGGGUUGUAGCUUCUGUGCCGUCAAGACCCUAGAAGAAUAUAUAUCACAUUGCUAUUCUGUUGGAAAUUCCGAUGUUUGUGAUGCUCAGAAUGGUACACUUUCAUUCAACAAUGGAGCACCUUGCGACGACGAGUGGAUAUCAAAGCGUAAUUGUUCAUUGUUUGAAAACUGUAUGACUUGUCUCGCAUCUUACCCUGCUCACACGGAAGCGCGUCCAAUUUGCCAAUGGUGUCCGGAUUGUGGAGUACGUGGAAUGUGCCUGCCGUACGACUGGGAGUGUGACUCCAAAACAAAGUGUUCAUCUAAUCAGACCACCAUUAGCACGUUGGAUAAUUGUCCGGAGUUGAGCUGUGCUGCAUCAGAUUGCGAUAGUUGUCAUUCGCUACCCAACUGCUCGUGGACCUUUACAGGCAAACAGUACCAGUGCCAAUUGAGAAAUGAAACAGAGAGCAACAAAAAACCAACAGCAUGUCCAUUAAACUGUCACACAUACACAACAUGUAGCAGUUGUUUGAAUCAAUCGUCAUCAGAAGGGGGCUGGACGGACUGCCGAUGGUCGACGCAACUAAAUGAAUGUAUUUCACCCAGUUACCAACCCUUAUACUGCGCUGGAAGUAUUUGUGGCUUAGUACUGGAACCGUCGGACAUUGAGCAUUGUCCAGAGCCAUGCGGCUCUUUUCUGCAAUGCGCCACAUGUCUACGACACGCGCACUGUGGGUGGUGUUCGCGGAACGGCACGGAAGGCGAUGGUGUUUGUACCGAAGGUUCACUGGAUAGUCCUUUUGAUUAUCCGGCUGCAUCAACAUGCGAUGUAAUUUAUAAGAUAAAAAAUAACGUUACCCAUAUAGACCCGAGCGAUCGAUUCAGUUGGAAUUAUGUAAAGUGUCCUCCUGAAAAUGAGUGUGCUAAUAGGCAUCACAACUGUAAUGUCAAAUCGGAACGAUGUGUGGAUUUAUUGCACGGGUAUGAAUGCCAGUGCGCUGACGGAUAUCGAAGUGAUUCAUCAGGUGUGUGUGUUCCAGUUUGCAAACAAGGCUGCGUACGAGGCUCCUGCAUAGAACCCGACAAAUGCGAAUGUGACUUUGGGUAUGUGGGUGCCAAUUGCAGCAUACAAUGCCUAUGUAAUGGACACUCCAAAUGUGCAGGACCAGAUCAGCUUGAUAAAUGUUUACAAUGUCAUAAUAACACACUUGGAAAGCAAUGUGAGAAAUGUAUGCCUUUCUUCGUUCGAGAUCCACGUAACAAUGGUGAGUGUAUCCCUUGUUCUGAAUUCUGCUACGGACAUACCGAUCUGUGUGUUUCCAAGGAAAUGGAGCCGCUCGUUCAUAAUAUGAGUCGCACAGAACUGGCAAAAUUCCUAACUGAAGGACCUCAAUCAGACGCCCUAUGUUUACACUGCGAAAAUUUUGCUGAUGGAGAUCGUUGCGACACUUGCUUGGCUGGCUAUUUUCGUGGUGUUACAAUUGCGAGUGAUCCAUGCCGACCAUGUCAAUGUCAUGGCCAUGGAGACAUGUGCGAUCCGGUGACGGGAGAAAAAUGUAACUGCGGCAAUAAUACCGAAAGCGACAACACUUGCUCGGCGAAAGGGAAAAAUCUGGCUUACAGCUGUUGGUCGAUGCAAUGUACCAAAUGUAAGGACUCGUACUCUGGUCAUCCAUCCAAUGGUCAUCAAUGCUACAAACAUAUUACGGUAGACUCAAGGAUGUGCUUUGAUGCUAAAUCGAUAGAUGAGUGCAAAAUCAAACCGCAACCUUUGAAACCUGGUCAAACAGUAUUCUUCGUUAUACAACCUCGCUACAUGAACGUUGAUAUAAGAUUCAUGGUGGAUGUAACGCAAGGUGAACUGGAUUUCUACAUGAGUCCCAAUGACGAAUCUUUCGUUGUACACUCGAAUAUAAGUUCUGGACAUCACGAUAUCUAUCUAGAUAGUCGCUAUUCCUGGCUCCAUGAUGUUGUUGACAUUAGUUCGGUAGACAGUUUAAAUAUUUAUCCACUUAAUGUGAAUAGAAACUACUCGGAUAUUAAUAUGGAUCCUCCAAUGCCAAUAAGCUCCAUAUCCCAUUCCCAUUGUAGGAUGGACACUGAAAAGUAUUUUUACGUCAAAGAUAAAGUAGCAAAAGAUUUGAUUACUUACGUAACACUGCAUCAGUGUAACUCACUACUUCGAGUGUUUGGAUUGAAAAAUCGUCUGGUAGUCACAUUACCACACACUAUCCAUUCUCUAGGGCAGACGAAAUUCUACAUUGCCCUACGAGCGCGUGCUGCAUCGACGGCAAGCUACGGAUUAGUAUUCUUCCGUCAAGAUCAGUUGCAUAUUCAUUUGUUUGUGUUCUUUUCUGUAUUUUUCUCCUGUUUUUUCUUGUUUCUUGCGAUUUGUGUUUUAGCUUGGAAAGCGAAACAAGCGGCCGAUAUGCGUCGUGCUCGAAGGCGCCACGUAGUUGAAAUGUUGCACAUGGCCAAACGUCCAUUUGGUCGUAUCAAUCUAUCCCUGGAGAGCCCCAGUGAAACUCCGGCUAGCCAUCGUAGGCGUGGACGUAGUAAACACUCGCCACUAAUACAACAAGACAUCGCACCUGUUGCGUUGGAACCAACUUCGGACAAUGUGGCCGCCGUUGGAACCGUGUUCAUUCGUCUUCCAGGCAAACACAAGUCGCAAGUCACGCUAGCACUGGCUUCGUCGUUGGUAGUGCUGUCGCGAAAUCAAACGACGUACAAUCGUGCUUUUCACCGGCGGAGAGGUUCGUCUCACUAUCAAGCGCAAAAUCCACAGCAACAACUGCAGCCGUUGCAGCAACAGCCCGUGCCGCCCAUUUUUAUUGAUGUACCCCAUGAGCAGGUACCGUUGCAACCGCUUGCGUUAAAUAGGGUGCUAUGAAUGUAUCGGUUAUAAGAGCUAGACAUGGCGGGAAAUCUAACAUAGUUAUUUUUUUAAAUGAAAGUAUUACGAAGAAUUAGUGAAGGUAAAAGGGGCGAAGUUCCUAUAUCGUCGACCUGAGAUUGUUGAGUUUCUUAUUUUAAAAAUCUAACCUGAAGUCGAGCUUAUUUUUUCAUAACAACGAGACCAAGGAUUAAUAUUCAGCCAAAACUUGACACUAGGGAGACCUUACAAUAAAACUUGUUCGUUCAAGUGAAACUUUCUCUCCAUUCGGUGGUAUGAGCAUUGGGAUUCGGACGAUAACAGAAAAUUUGUUAUCGUGCGAAACCUAAACCCGAAUUUUACAUGCCCGGAGCACGCUGAGUCCGGGAAAAAAAGCGGACUCGGAUGUCUGUAUCAUUCUCAUCAUCCUUGCAUUGUUUAUUUGCCAGAUCUGUUAUCUUCAGCUUCACACUGGAUUUCCUAUUGAUACUAGAAGUAAUUACGGCGUGAAUGGUGCCUGUGUUUCUCGCCGGAAUCUAGCCAAUGAAACACCUAUUUGGAAAGAAAUCUUAUUUGGGGCAAUGGCCAUAAUAUUUUAGCGAAAAGGAAAUUUCUACAAUGCGAAAGAAAACGAAAGAAAAAAAAAAUCAGAUUAAAAAUAACUAAAAGGUAAAAAAAUCUUGAUGGUGAAGUAUCCACCAAAAAAUCUUUUUGUUAUUUUUAACUUUUUUUUGCUUUUGUUUUCUUUCGCAUUGAAGAACAUGUUAAAAAUAAACAAUUUCUAAUGUGUUAUUUUACUGUACUGAAUACUAAUUACCUUUCAAACAAAUGCGUUUAUCAAUAAUUUUACAUUAAUUUAUACACAAGCGGAUCUUUUUAGAACACUACGAAAAUUUAUAUGUCGAUCCAUUUCUAAAUUAUGAACUGCAUGAUAAUCAUAAACAAUUAUUUUAUGGCAUUGCAAUCAUGCCUCUGAAUGAAUUUAUGUCUUGUAUUUUUAUUGAUUUAUCUGAUAUUUAGCAUCUGAAAUUAUAAGGGCCAUUCAUAAACCACGUAUCGCCAAAAUUGUCCAAAAUUGACUCCCCCGCCCACCAUGUAACAAAUUGACACAAAUUUCUCUAUCCCCCUCCCCUAUUACGCAACAAAUUCUUUGAUUUUUUUUCUUCAGUAAAAUAUGUUACGUAACGGUCUAGCUUACUCCCCCUCUCCCAUAAUGUCACAAUUUGUCGUAUCCCCUUCCCCUCUAAAAGCGUUUUGUAGUUUAUUAAUGAUCCCUAAUCUCAUUCUUCGAUACGGCAAAGACAUCAAAAACCCCAAAAAGUUUGUCCUAUCGAAAUUACAGACGGAAUGCUACUUGAUUUCCACCAGAAUUCCCGCUCGAAUAAAACAACCAAUUUCAAAUUAAAAUCGGUUGAUUUCAUUUAAGCCAGUAGGAAAAUCCAGUCGGUGAUCCUAAUUUUAACGGUGCAUGUUAUAAUUUCAUAUAGAAUAUUUUCCCGUUUCGAUGGCCUGGCUGCAAAUUUGUGACAGGUUUGUUUGAAUUAGAAUGAGAAAAAAAUCUCAUAUCAUGCUCUAAUCAGAGCUGUAAAUUUUCAACAGGUUGUUUUGAACUUGAAGUUGGAACAAAUUUCAAACCAUGCCUUACUAUGUUCAAUUAGUAGUUGUUCGUUUGCAUCAUUCAUUCAAACAGCCGAGUUGCUCAAUCAUUUUCGAUUCAUUUUCAAUUUCAUUGACCCUGUGAAUAUGACUAUGUUUUUCAAGCAAAACUACUCUGAACCAGUGGCGGAUCCAGAGGGAGGGUCCUGGGGGUCCGGACCUCCUCCGAACUUUUUUAAUUUGUUAAGAAAUCUUAAAAUAAUUUCUAUUUUAAAUUCGUUCUAAGCUCAAAAUCAUUCUAAAUCUGAUUUAACCACCAAAACUUAUUUGAGGUUAUUAGAUAUUACGUAUUAUACACUGAACAUAUCAAAAUCAAAAUUUCAGACCCCCUCCGAAUUUUUUUUCUGGAUCCGCCCCUGCUCUGAACAUAUUUCUUACUGUUCAUGUAAGCUUUAAAAUGCAAAACAUGUCAACAUUUAACCUAAACUGGCCUCUACAGUGCAGAUGAUAACUUUGGUUGGUGGAUGAAAAAGCAUCAAUUUGAAUUGAAGACGUAUGUUUUAGUUAUGAAAAUCCCGCCAACGUGAAAGUGAAUGAUUAAGGGAGGUUUUAAAUUUGAAUCCUGGUUCGGUUUGAUUGAACUGAAAGUUGGUAUUUGAAUAUGAAAAUUAGCACCACUGGCUCUAAUAUCUUUAAACCGUAGUUGUUAGUUGCAUCAUUCAUUCAAACAGCCCAACCACUCAAUCACUUUCCUUCCAUUUUCAAUUUCAUUAACCCUGUGAAUGUCUCCCUACAGCGGUUUUUCAAAACUACCCUAAGCAAAUUAAAGAAGUACUAAACUGCCCAUAAAAGCAUAAGAGUCCCAUGUGGAUUUUUGUCGAAAAUGAGUUAUCCGUUGGAUUGUAUUCUGUAUUACAACAGAAUCACACUGCACAAAUAAGAUUACCGGGUUUGUUUAGAAUACGGGGAACGUGCCAUUUAAGCCAAUAUAUUCUGAUUCCUGAUUCCCAUCCAUUUGGCUCAAUGGAUGGGACAAUUUUGAACAGCGUUUUUCUCGGUUGGCUGUUUUUCAGCUUUUAAUAUAGAAUAAGAACUGCCUAUUAAAACUCGGCAGUUGCAUUAUACGCCAAGAGACAAUAGGUAAAUCGAUCAGCAUAUAAUAAAUAUUUUUCAAGUUCAUGUUUAUGCGCGUCAAAACUAUUCUCGGAGCGAAAAAAUGCUUGUUUGAAAACUUUUCCAAAAUGUUAUACAAGCGUAUAUGUACCACGCUCGCGUAUAGCCGAUGCAGCUAUUCAAACUGAUUAAUAAUAAAAUCCACUUGUUUUGAAGUCGUGCUGCUUCUUUAUAUAACUACUCCAUAUAGACUUUGACGAUCACUACCAAAUUUUGCACAAUUACUAAGGAUCGUAAAAGGAAUCUGUAGAGCUUAUAUGAGCCUGUAUUCUGCAGGAAAUAAUUUCUUCCAUAUACAUUUGAACCAGUCUACUAAACAUACAUCAUACGGUUUAUGUAUGCUUGAAAAUGCAUAACAUGUCAACAUUUAACAUAAACUGGCCACUACAGAGCAGAUGACGGCUUUGGUUAAUGAUAUGAAAUGGAAGCGACUAUUUUGUCAUGAAAGUCUGGCGUACUUGAACGUGAAUCAGCUUGAUUCUUGGUUGCGGUGGAUUCAACCUAAAAGUUCGCAUUUGGAAAUAAAAAUGUGCUUCAACCAUAGAGAGGGGCAAUCAAGUUACCAACUACGCUAUGCUAGUUCCUAAAACUAAAAUUAUUGUAAAUAAAAGGAAAAGUAUCCUUUAAAAUCAUUGCAUGUGUUGUUAAUGAAGCCUCCAGCAUUCCGCUACAUCGAUAGUCAAUAACACACACUUCAAAAAUUGAAAAAUUGAACAACAUACGAGAGUCAAAUGAACACAAGAAAUAGGACAAAACCUCCGUUAAAAUGUAUACAUUGCCCACAAUCGGAACUCAGUCCCAUGAUCUAUGGGAUUCCCUAUCUACACGGGACUGACUAUACUAUCUAUUAUCGUUACAUUUGAAACCUGGAAAAUCCAACCAACGACAAUCGUUUUUUCUCUUAUUUAGUGCUAAUCCCUGAUGUCGAAAGUAGUGCGUUGUAUAGCGCAUCAUUGUACGAAUACACCGCACUACUUCCGAAGUGAUUUCAUUGUUUAGAACCAGAAAAAAUACGAUUCUCGCUGAUUGGAUUUUCCAGUUUUCAACUGCAGCCUGAAUAUAUGGGACUGAGAUUACAGGCAGCACACUCGAAAGGUAAUCGGUAUCAGGUAAUACACACAAUAAUACAUUAUAAAUUGAUACUUCCUUAAAAUAUGAGCUGCGCUUCAAGGGGAAAAAAGUAAAACCUUUACUUCGUUUUCGUUUAAAGUAGGUAUAUUUUUCGGAACAAAUUACUUUUCUAUUAUACCGAAUGACCAUUAUGCAAAUGAGUUGGAGACGAUGAAACAAGCCAACGCCUGUGAGCCAAAUGUAAGCUGUACACUAACGUGCUGUGAUUUGUUUUUCUUUUAUGAUCAAGGUUUUGUGCAACUUUAAUGCUGCGUACUUUUACUUAGUCUACCGCAGGCUAUGGCGCAUCACCUGUAAAACCACCACGAUCACUUAAUUAGUCCUAUGAGAAUGAUGCAUUAAUGAUCUGGUAUUAGGAAUUUGAAACUAUUUUUUUUGUACAAAUACAAGCGAUUAACGGUUUACAAUCAAAGACAAUUAUUUAUAGCUAAAAUAUUAGAGAAAAAGUUUCAAUUAGACUAAUAAGACGAUUGAUCUCGAGAGUGAUGACCCGUGUAAAUAUGACAAAUGGAAAGAGUGAGAGAGAGGAGAGAGUGCAAUUUAAAGUUACUAAUCAAACUAUUAUACUAAAACCAGAUUGGUACAUUUCCAUACAUGCGAAAGUUAAAUGAGACUAAAUGUAGGACUGUCCGGAUGAUAUUGAAUCCUCGAUUGUAGAAUAGCGCAUAGAAACAGAAUCUGGGGAGCAUAUUAAGCAAACAAUUAUUUUAGUUUUAGCUAUAAGAGGUGUUGUGUUUUCUGGUAUUAGUUCUAAGAGGUCAUAAAGUAAUUUCAUAUGUAUCAUAUAAAGUGCUUAAAUGAUUUGAGUCAGUUGAAUAAGUACAUAUUCAAAAUGUACUACACUAAAUAACAAGCUAGACAGAAGACUCUGAACUUUGCAGUAGAGCAUAUAGAAUCUCGUGAGCGAAUCAAAGUUUAAGCGAAAAAAAUAUGUAUAUUUUUAUGACAUUUGUAUUUUGAAUAAUGAAAUACAAUAUAACAUAUAAGAA